UUGGCGAACUUCAACAGUGGACUUGAUCCAUACUUCCUAUAUUACUCCUGCUAUUUAAAUCCUGACGAUGCCCCAACUCCUACACAAAUUGCGGCAGCUACACUAAAGACACAUUUUAGAAGGAUGAAUAGCAACAUUAAAGCCCAGCCAGCUUGCGCACAUCAUAACGACUCCGUAGUAUAUCUGCAACAAGAGGAUGUACGAAAAGCAUUGCAUAUUCUCACAGCAGUGCCACCAUACCAAACUUGCAAGUACUUGCAUUUCGAAAUUAAUAUCCUGGAUAAAAGACUAAGUUGAUU